CCUCUGUGAGGCAGCGAAGAGAACGACAGAACACAGGAGGAGAAGAAGAAGAGAGUCAGAGAAUGAGAGAGAAGCAACAAGAAGAAAGAAAAGAGGAGAAGAGAUGUGCAGAAGGAACAGCAAAAUAAAAAACUCCUAAAGAACAGACAGGAAAUGAAAGAGUGAAGAGCAGCAGGAAGAAAUAAUGAGAUAAAAGGGAAGAAAAAUGAAAAACUGACCGAAGAAGGAAAAAGAAACGACAUGAAGACAAACAACAAACUAGAACAAGAGAAGAUGUGAAGGAGAACAAAGAACCAGGUUCCAUCCAGCAAACACGACUUCAAAGUGUUCAAGAGUUACUUCAAGAACCAGCAGGUUCUACUGAAGGAACCUUUAGUUCUGGUCCCAGUUCUAAACUGGCGACAAAAUAGAACUUUUUCUUCUCGUCCAAUCAGACCAGAAUGUGUGACAACAGAAAGAAAGAGGAGGAGGAGGAGGAGGAGGAAGAGGAGGAGGAGGAGGAAGUGACCGGUCUGCCGUUUCCACCUCCUCCUUCCUCUGUUGCCGGGGAGACGAUGAUGUCAUUACGGAGGCAGGACCUGGUGUGCAUCGUGUGUUUCGGCAGCUAUGACCUCAUGACUCGGUUGCCACGAAGACUGCACUGUGGCCACGCUUUCUGCCAGGCGUGUCUGAAGAGAUUGGACACGGUCAUCAACGAACAGGUGUGGAUCCCGUGUCCUCAGUGUCGUCAGAACACGCCUCGGCCCCGCGGCGGUGCUGCUGGUCUGGACCUGGACCUGCCGUCCUUCCUGGGGGUGAAGGCCCAGCACGCCUGCAGCUCCUCCUGGAGGGAGGCGGUGACCGGAGACGGGGCCCAGAACGGGAAGCUGUGGCUGGGGAAGGAGGUGGCCGACGACAGCUGGUCACACGGAGGUCUGGCUGAACCGCGCUUCCAUCGCUACGGCAACUGCUGCCCGCCCCCGUCCUAUUGGCUGUGCUGCUGGUUCUGCUGCCCGGGGCGGGGCUAAUGCUGAUGGGGCAGAACAGACCUCGGUGUUUACUUUAGGAAACAUGAUGUCACAAUUCAAUCUGAACACAGCAGAAAAUAAAGACUAAAGAGGAUUUAUGGAGGUUUGUGUGAGAGACUUUUGAUCCCUGAGUUUGUCCUGACAGCAGCACUGGCCUUACAGACAAUACUGAGGGAACAGCAGCUUCCUGGUCAGUUCCCAGGGGGCGCUCUAACACCUCCAACACUAAGAAACCACCUUCAUACGUUAAACUUUUAUUCAGGUCAGUUAUUUUACAAAAGUCAUCAGAAAAACAGGAGCAGAUGUAAACAAACAAACAAACAAUAAACUGAGGUUAAAGUUGAAAGUUUCAGUUUGACCAGUCACAGGGCCUCAGCUGAAUCUCCACCAAUCAGCUGCUUCACAUGGUGAGCAUGCUUACGCUAACAAUAAAGCUUCCGGCUUUGAGUUGGCGGACGGAUGGAGGGUCGAGCUUUUAUUGUGAAAGUCUGAUUUGAAUGUUUCCUGUUAAAUAAAACCUGUUUGUGUGAUUUUAAAUAAACAUGAGAUCAGACAGAAA